GAAACGUUGAGUUACAAGAAUCAGGUACCUUUCAUAUCUUUUAACACCAAACGUGAAAGCACUUCUAGCUUUUUAAUUGUUACACGUAUGUGAAUACAAUAAAGGAAUGUGAAAUAUUGGGACAAAGAGUAGAAAGGUAAAACGAAAAAGAAAGACGAAAUUAAAACAUAAAGGGUGAAAGUAGCAAUGAGAAAGAGAAAUGUAACGAAAAAAGGGGAGAAUGAGAGUGGAAGGAAGAGACGCGCACGUAUCUCAAAUCGCGUAUACGAUAGAGAUCGUAAAAAUUUCCUUACCAUUCCAUCGGAGGAAGUUGCCGAAAAAUAGCAGCAUGUCAACAGGUGAAAAAUAGCAAGGAUGAAGCGCGCGAUUCCUUCACGAGCAAAGUAUCCCAGAGUUCUCAAGCAAGCAGCAGCGUGAAUUAUUGUGAGAGUUGUACGCUGGCUGGAACGGCUAUUCUUCAGGCGAUAAAUGCGAUCGAACGUGUAUUCAUAGAGAACAAAUUAAUUUCUGUCGCCACUAUUGAAAGAGACAAAUGCAGGAACGACAUUUACGAGAAGACUCAAUGGGCCGUGAUGAGCAGGCUGACGAAGGGAAUAGAAACAGACGUCGAAACGGCGCUGACUGUGGUGAAGAAGAGCAAUUUGAGAAUACAGGCCGCCAGACGAGAUCACGACCAGACGAUUCGAGAGCUACGGACCAGUUUGACGAUGCAAGAAAAGCGAACGGACGCAUUGCAGGCUGAAAACUCGGAGUUGAAGGCUCAACUAGAAACUGCGAAAGAAGAGCGCGAAAGGGAAAUACGGCGUACCGCAGCUUUGAAGGGACAAAACGAGACGUUGAAAGAAACCCUGGAGGAUAUUCGCAGACAGAUGUCGAUGCUGGCCGGCGAAUAUAACAUUUUGCAAAGUCAGACGGUUACGCUGGCCGAGAGCAAAUUGGAGCUGGAGAAAACCGUGAUCGGACUCCGAAAGGAAAUCGUCGACACCCGUGAUGCGUAUCUCGAGACAGAACGAGGUUCCCGAGUACUUCUAGACGAAUCGAGAAAGGAGAACGAAUCGCUGAAGGAAGAAUACAAGGAAACGGCCGAGAAACUUCAGCAAGAAAUCGCAUCUUUACGUUUGAUUGUCCCAAUUAAGAAAGAUAAUGAGAGAACCAAAGACGUCAGUGACAGUGAUACGGAUAAAACGAUUCAAGAAGGGACCAUUUUGAAGCCUGAAGAUGAUCCUGUGCUGGACAUGACCCAGCAGCUGAUCUCGAAUCGCGAAAAGAUCGAGAUACUGUCACGGCAAAACGAUCGGCUGUCGAAAACACUGUGUCGAUUACGACAAUAUCAAAGAAAUACGAUUAGUAGCGACAUACAUCGCUGAAGCAGUGCAAGUUCCAUCAUUUUACCGAUUCAUCCGUCGAGCUUGAUAAUAUGGAGAUUUUGAACUCGCUUUUACAUACCUUCAAGCUCUCGAAGCCAAAGGUCGACUUCAUUUCCGAGCUUCCUCCAGAGAUGUCGCG